GUUCACAUAUAUUCAUAUUUAGAAUUUGUCACUACUUUUCAAUCUCCAUCUUCAUAACAACAACAACAACAAAAGUCCUUUUUUUCAUGAUCCUUCAACUUCCUUAUUCAGGUGGGGCUAUUACUCAUAUUUUUCUUCUUAGUGGGAUCACCCACUUCACUACUUUUCAAAUUCUUUCUUUUCACACAAAAUAAUAUUUAGUAUCUUGAAUUUUUCAAUACCAAAAUACUUAUACCACUACUAACUACUUGUCUCUUAAUCAUCUUAUUCUUCUUUUCUUCUUCUUCUUUCAUACAUGUUUUCUUUUGCUAUAAUAUAUGAACCCAAAUCAUUCCCUCUAAUGCAUCAUUUUUCAUAGCAUAUACCAACAAAUUAACUCAAAUGAUGUCAUGAUAUAAUGCAACUAUAGCAUAAAGUUGCAUACAUGGAAGGUUUAUUUUCCCUUCCUGUAGCCGUCAGAACUGAAUUUAUCCAUUCUUUGAUGCAUUCUCUUGGAGGAUGUUCUUACAUUUGUGUUUGGACAUAUGAUACAAUUUUACCAAAGUAUAUAUACAUAUUUAAUAUAUCUAUAUGCAUACACCUACCUACAUUAUUAUUAUUAUAUAUAAGGUUGCUGAUUCUACUUAUACAACGGUUUGAUUUUAUUUUUUUAUUUCUUUGGACUAGUCGUUUGUCCUUCUUGGAUGGUAUCUACAAUGUGAUAAGCAGCCACCAACCAAGUUCUUCGUUGGGAAGCCUCGCGCAACAGCUUUUCGAUCAGUACACGAUUUUAUCAUUCGAUAUCAAUGAUGACCGAAUUCCUGGACUAGCUUUUAGGAACCAACGUCCUUAUAUAGAGCUGCAGCAGCUGGAGCUUCUUACACUGUCAUCAACUGAAAUACAGACACAAUUUUACAAGGAAGCAAGAAUUAAGACUGCUGUUUUCAUGGGGUGCAACAAAGGAGAAAUUGAGCUUGGUUUCUUAAACAUGUCCCAAACUGAUAUUCAAACAGCACUUAGGAAUUUAUUUCCUGAGGAUUUUUCAAGACAAAUACAACAAAUUGAUCAGAAUAAUAAUAAUAAUAAUAAUAAUAAUCCGCCUUCAUCAUCUUCAUCUUCGAUGAGAUCAUUAUCAACAGCCGGUAGUCCAGAAUAUUCAUCUCUCAUGUUCAUAAAUCCACCUGGAACUUCUCCAUCAUCACAUAACUUUCCUGAUCAUAUCCUUGGAGGAGUAAACAUUCCUCCAAUGAGACCUGUUUCAAACACACUACCCUUUCAGCUUCAACAACAACCUCAAAUCACACCAACACAAUUGUUCCCUAUUGAUCAACAGAAUGAUGCAAUAAUGAGAGCAAUCCAAAAUGUUCUAUCUACACCCCCUUCUCAGCAAAAUCACGCGGCACGUCCAGAAGCUAGUGCAUUUGAAAGGUAUAGAAACGAUAAAAGUCCUAUUAUUUUAGGCUCGAAUUUUCGAAGACAGAGUUUGAUGAAGAGAUCGUUCGCGUUCUUUAGAAACUUGAAUUUGAUGAGACUGAAAGAACGAAACCAAGCGAUGCGUCCUUCGAGUAACCAACUUCAUCAUAUGAUAUCGGAGCGACGAAGGCGCGAGAAGCUUAACGAUAACUUCCAAGCACUUAGGGCAUUACUUCCUCAAGGAACUAAGAAAGACAAAGCAUCCAUACUGAUAACAGCGAAGGAGACACUAAGGUCGUUGAUGGAAGAGAUAGAGAAACUAAGCAAGAGAAACCAAGAGUUGUUGAUGUCACAAAAGUCGGCUGCUUCGAAUAAGGAAACCAUGAAAUUCUCAUCGAAUGAGAGAAUUAACGUGCGAGUUUCGCAUGUAGCAGAAUCAAGUUCAUCGGAAGAUGAACCAAUGACAGUGGAGUUACAAGUGAAUGUGCUAGGACACGUUUCUCAAGCUGAUAUGUUGAUUAGGUUAUUAGAAUUCUUAAAUCAAGUUCAUCAUGUCAAUUUGAUUUCAAUGGAUGCAACAAAUACAAAUACAAAUACUUCACAAGAGAAUAAUUAUCUUCAUCAAAUAACAUUCAGAUUAAGGAUUACUCAGGUGAGUGAAUGGGACGAGGAGGCCUUCCAAGAAGCAGUGAGAAGAGUAGUUGCUGACUUGAUACAGUAUCAAGUGGACCAAAAUCUAUGACUCACUUGUUAUUAUCUUUAAUUGAUUAUUCUGCGGCGGUUUCAAGUUGUAUUGAUUAUGUAUAACCCAAUUAAAUUAGCUUCACUUAUUUUUGUUUGUUUCAUGAUUAAUUUGUUUAGUAUGGGGGAGUUUAUAUUAUAUGUUAUAUGUGUACGUUUUAAUUCUAAUUUUAAAUGGUUUUUGUCUCUUUGUUUGCUAAAUAUUUAAAUCAACACAUUUUUGUGGUGGUGGUUGAUUAUUUAAUCACAAUUAUAUUUUGUUAGAUGAAAGGAUUAUUGACAUGAUUAGUUGAUGGGACUAAAAUAUACCAGUAAUAAAUAUGAUAAUUACAUGGUUUUUUCUUUACCCACCUCCCUAUGGGGUCACUCCCAACGAAAUCCCCAACUUACCCCUGCUUCGGAGAUGCAUCUCCGAAGUAAUUUUUUUUUAUAGAUUUUAUUAGACUUCGGAAAUGCAUUUCCGAAAACACCAAAAAAUUGGUGUUU